UCGUGUCGUGGGUGAGGCAACGAGAGUCACGCAGCUCCAAUUCCAAAUCCAAGCCCAACACGCCCAACACCAGCCGCAUCCAUGGCCGUCCUCAGAGCGUCCCCGCUCCUCCCCCAAUCCCUCUCGCCCUCCUCCACCUGCCGCAGCGUCACCGCCGCAGCACUCGCUGCUAGAGCAGCCCCACCUGCUCCUCUUCCUCCCUCCUCCCGCGGCGUCAAGACCGGCAUCCAUGACAGGGCCAGGAAGAGGCUUCUUGCGAGGCGGACAAGCGGGGGACGAAAGGGGGUACCCUGCCUACCCACUGAGAAGGAGGUCGGCGUGACGGGCGGCGGGGAGGAGCAGGAGAACGACGAGGAGUACCUGGUGAGGGAGUCCGGGUGGGGGGUGCGGCGGAUGGGGCGGGUCGGCGAGGAGAUGCGGCGGGUGGCGCUGGUCCAGGCGGAGGCCUUCCACGUCCCCGUCGCGCUCUUCAACGACUUCUUCUUCAAUUUCUUUAAAGCAGAGGUGCUGUCGGCGCUCAUCUACAGAGUGAGGAACUCGCCGCUCAACAGGUAUGCUUGUUUGGUGGCUGAAGCUGCCAAGGCAGCCAGCAGGAUGUCGAUGGCACCAUUCGAGAAUAUUGUUGGGGUCGUGGAUUGCACGGUGCAGGAUGAGGACGACAUCCUUAAGCACCUCAAGGGUGCCGAUGAGUACCUCUACGUGUCUGGAAUUGCAGUGCUGCCAUCAUUCAGGAGGAGAAAGGUAGGGACCGCGCUGCUGAAAGCCUGUGAGGCGCUGGCUCUCCAGUGGAGGCACAGAUUCAUGGCUCUGAGGGCAUAUGAGGACGACGACAGCGCUCGAGGUCUCUACGCCAAGGCAGGGUACAGGGUGGUGUCAAGGGAUCCUGACUGGGUCACCUGGGUGGGGAGGAGACGGCGUGUUCUCAUGAUAAAAGAGCUCCCGGUUCAUGAUCAUCAGAUGGAACAGCAAUGAUGACAUCGACAUGUUUCUUGAAUUCAUGGCAUGUCCCCUGCUGCAUU